CUGGAUAAGACAGACAGUUGUGUGCCGUAUGAUCUCACUUAAUCGUUUUAAUAAAUGACAUCAAAUCUUAUACUGCGGAUUCACCGUGGGCCUACAGCCAGCUGUUCUCUGGAAAUGUCGUAUAGGGUUGACAUUUGUCCCGCCGCUGUCGGAUGCUGAAACGCGCAAUCAGCCUGUGGAUGCUUGAUGUCCAUGAUGAAACGCAAUGCUGCACUGGGUACCGAAUGUUAGGCGCAGUGUUUUUGAGAUCAAAUAAAUUACAAGAAAUCAAUUUGGCAAAAUUCUCCUGCGGUGCGGACGGUUCAAGGUGGUCCAGCAUCUUUCUCCUCAGCCCUCUGCUUCCUGUCUUCUCUUGGAUUGUGGAUAACAAGAAGCCUUCAAGACGGAGGGGGUGGUGGAGCAUCGAGGAAAAAAUAGGGGCAAUAUGAGAGAGCGGGACUUCAUGCCCAAUAUGGAGAGGGGCAAACCUGCUACUUAUACAGGGGACAAAAAGGCUAAGAUGGCUGCUAAGACUAACAAGAAGUGGGUGAGACUAGCCACUGUUUUUGCAUAUGUAUUGUCCGUGUCCUUAGCAGCCAUUAUCCUGGCAAUUUACUACAGCCUGAUCUGGAAACCGACCAGUGCAUCCUCUUCUGCGGGGAAGCCGGGGGUGCCUGGAGAGGUCACCCCCUCCGCAAACAUCUCAACUAAUAUUUCCACAAACAGCAACGUCUCAGAGUGGAACUCUACACAGACAGGGAUGCUAUCUUUCAACCAGACCAGGCAGGGCACAACCCCACACAGUCUUUGGGUCGACACAGCCGAGAGUGUGGCCGUCUCCCCGCGCGGUGCUGGAGCAGAAAUUGCGCACUCACAGCAGGAGGAAGGACUCUACGCAUCUUCCCACGGUCACAGAAGCGCGGGAGCCACAGAGAGAUCGGGCACUUUGGGUAGAGAGACACAUGCGUCUCAGCCCGGAGUGAGUCACUACGUGCCGUCAAGCUCCGGGGAGUCCGGCGCUGCGCUUAAUGAGGACGCGGAGGCGCACAGACAGGGCGACGGGGCGACUGAGAAACACGACCCCGAUCAGGCGUCUGCAGAUGCUGUCACCGUUCCUCCAACAUCGCCGACGAGCGGAGCCGGCCAGAGAGGAGACUGAUCGGGCCUCAUCCCCUCCACCACACCCCCCACCCCCCUCCUCCCCUCACACACACAAACUGAUCCAACAAGUAGGCUAGUGUUUGACAGACUCAGUGCCGCAGGUCGGAUAAAACACAUCUAUUUUGCAGAGCCCCUUAUGGAUGCUGAACUGCACAUAUGAACUGAUAUCCUUCUCUGAACACAAGAGGAGACCUCGCUCUGUUCCCCUACAACACUAACUAGGCUAUGCUGUUUUUUUUGUUUUGUUUUGUUUUGUUUUAGGCCAUUUGUAUGCCUUAAAUCAAUGUGUGUCUACUUUACCUCGGACAGCUUUUGAGGCCACUAACCCGCCUGUACGUGUGGACAACACUGAUAUUUUGUUAAAUUAAUCGAACACAGCCUCCAGAGAUGCUUCUGGUUUGCAAGACAUAAACAUGUCUCACAGGCAUACAGCGCUUUACAUCAUUGCCAUUCAUGGGCUGGUCUAAAUCAAUACUGCAUUAUCGCAUUUUAACAUAGGCUGUGUUUUCUUUCAUGGAUCAAACCUGGAUUCCGAGUAGAAGAACCUGCAUUAUUGAGUUAUGCUCAGGUAUGUGCAUAUAACCAUGUAAAUGUAUUGUGUAUUUGGUUAUGUACAUAUAGGGCAGGCAUACAUCUUUUUGGCCUUGAUGAACUUUUAGUGUAAUUAGAUGAUUUUUAUUAAAGGUACAGUAUGUAUAAUAGGUAUAACUAUAUCACAAGGUACUAAUAAACAUCCUUAGAAAAUGA